AUUGGAUCACGUAAUAGACACGCACGAGUACCAGCAGCAGCUCAGCUGUCAGAGAGCUGAAGCUGUUCAGUCAACAAACCCGGAAUAACGCGGUUAAACACCACAUUUAAUUUAAUUUAUCACAUCUCCUGUUAUGGAGCAAGUGAAGCAGGAGGCCUUUGAUAACGCCAGGCUGCAGGUGAUCAAAGAUGGGUACGAGAAGGCAUUCGCAUGCAUCAAUAAAGCUCUCACAGAGGAUGAGGUGGGCCACAGUGCAGAGGCGCUAAAACUGUACCGACAAGGGCGGCAGCACCUCCUCAGGGCUCUCAGUGUUCCCUCGCAGGGUAUGGAGUGUGUGGGUCCCUCCUGGGAAUCAGCUAGACAGAUGCAGCGCAAGAUGCAGGAGACUCUCAACAACAUUACCACUCGCUUAGCCAUGCUGGAAACCAGCCCAGACCCCAACCAAGUCUCGGAUAGCAGCGCAGCCCCUCAAAAACUCUACCCUGAAGUCCCGAAGGUCAAGUCGGACCAGAUGCUUGCUUCCAACAGCAGGGUUGCAGGGGCUUCAGGUGUGCCAGUUCCGGUCUCCCCCUCAGUGCAGCCCAAUAUGUUAAUUGACCAGCCUCCUGCAUACACCCCUCAAGCUGCUGACGGACACCUGAGCAUUUCCUAUGGCACCGACUCGGGUGAACUCUCCCUGGUUGGAGAUGAGUUCUACAGCAAUACGUCUAAUUCAGCACCUUCUCCUCAGUGUCUGGGGGAGGAUGGAGAGGAACUCUUUUUCCUUCCUCAAGGGGUGCAGAUCUUCUUUGUUACACCUGACGGGCAAGUCAGUGCUCCCUCUUAUCCAGGGUACCUGCGCAUCGUCAAGUUCACCAGUGAGCAAUCAGAGAGGAUUCCAAACAGGCCACCUGCCUUCCUACAGGUUUGUGACUGGCUUUACCCAUUGAUGUCCUCUGACUCCCCAGUCCUGCUGUGCAACACAGGAGUCUACAUGUUCCCUGACAUGAUGGCUCCUAUCCCGGGCUCUUAUGUUGGGGUGGUCCUUUCUUCUGAGCUUCCCCAGAGGGACCGCGAACUCUUCCAGAGUGUUCUUUCACAGCUGACUGACCUGCGUGUCCAGGCAUCAGAUGGCACAAGCGAUACCAUUAACCUGGGUCAGAAGGUGCCGAUAGUGCCUCCUGCAGCUGAAGCAGUGCCCCCUGCUGCUGAGGAGGAGAAGGUACUUCCUGAAUGGAGCGAGAAGGUGGCUCAAGGGAUCCUGACUGGGGCUUCAUGGCUGAGCUGGGGGUUGGUGAAGGGGGCUGAGUACACAGGGAAAGCCAUACAUAAAGGUGCAUCCAAACUACGAGAGCACAUCACACCAGAGGACAAACCAACUCAAGUCAGCCCCACAGUAACCAAAAGCCUCCAUGUGGCCAAACAGGCCACAGGAGGAGCAGUGAAGGUCAGCCAGUUCCUUGUGGAUGGACUGUGCACAGUCGCUGGACAUGUUGGCAGAGAGUUGGCACCCCAUGUAAAAAAACAUGGAGGGAAGCUUAUCCCAGAGUCUCUGAAGAAAGACAAGGAAGGACGCUCCAAUAUUGAUGGAGCCAUGGUGGUUGCAGCAAGUGGAGUUCAAGGAUUUGCAACAAUGUGGACAGGGUUGGAGGUUGCAGCAAAGAACAUAGCAAAGAGUGUUGCCACAGAAACAGUUACCACGGUAAAACAUAAAUUUAGGGGUCUGGAGAACAUUUCAGACACCCCAAAUGAAAACAAGUAGAAACAUGUAUCCCUGCACCCUGUAAAAAGGCCUUAAUUAACGUCACGAGCAUGGCUAAAGCUUAUGUAUGAGACUGAAUCAGUCAGCACUUGCACGCAAUGCUAAUGAUUUAUAGGACAUAAUGAUUAAAUCACCUCCGUUAGCAUCCUGUAUUGCUGUGCGCAAAUUAUCCACAGCUCAGAAAUGGAAUGUAUAUGUGUUUCUAACAGCCAAAGUAAUUAAUCUCAUUGUCUUUAUUGCUUCAUUUUUCUUAACUUUUGAACCUUUUAAGCCUGACUUUAAUUAUACUGUUCAACAACAGAAGAUUUUAUCGGAUAGCAAACAUAAUCAUCAUCUACGUAAUUUGACCAAGAUGUACAGUAUAUACAUGUAUGCUAUCGUUUAAAAGUUUGGGGUUAAUAUGGUUAAUAUGUUUAAUAAUACGUUUUUAUUUUAUUUUUUGAUUUUUUGAUUUUUUUAUAAAUGAAUACUUUUAUUCAGAAAGGAUGCAUUAAAUUGAUCAAAAGUGGCAUUUAUAAAGAUUUCUGUUUCAAAUAAAUGCUGUUCUUUUGAACUUUCUAUUCAUCCAGGAUUCCUGGGAAAAAAGUAUCAUGGUUUCAUUAAAAAUAUGAAUCGGUUAAAACUGUUUCAACAUUGAAAAAAAAAAAAAAAAAACUUUCUCAUCAGCAUAUUAGAAUGAUUUCUGAAGAUUUAUGUGACACUGAAGUCUAAAUUAUGGCUGCUGAAAAUUCAGCUUUGCAUCACAGGAAUAAAUAGCAUUUAAAAAUAUAUUAAAACAGAAUAUAGUUAUUCAAUUCAAGUUUAUCAUCAGAAACAGGUAACAUGUUUCGUUGGCAGUGUUUCUAAGAUGAAAGAAUGCAGUUUUUGUAACUUGGAAAAUAUGCUUUUCAAAAGACAAGUUUCUGUCUAAUAUAACACCCAGCUUUUUGACUGUAGAGGAUUUAACAGGAUUUAUUCCGUCUAGUUGCAAACUGUAGUCUACUAGAUUCUGUGUACUGUUUUUUUGGUCCAAUAAUUAAUAUCUCUGUCUUAUCCAAAUUUAAUAGGAGAAAAUUAUUGGUCCAACAAUCUUUUACAUUUUUAACAUUAGUUUAUCAUUAGCUUAGAUAAUUUAGAAGUUUCAUCUGGUCUUGUUGAGCUAUAUAGUUGAGUAUCAUCAACAUAACAGUGGAAACUAAUCCCGUAUUUUCUAAUAAUAUUACCAAGGGGCAACAUUUACAGUAUAUUGAAAAUAGCAGAAGACCUAGGACAGAUCCUUGUGGCACUCCAUAUUUUACUGGUGAUAAAUGAGAUGACUCCCCAUUUACAUAAACAAAAUGGUAGCCAUCGGACAGGCAGGAUCUAAAGUUACUGUAUUUUAAAUUGUAAACACAUUUCUAAUCAAUUUAAAUAAAUGCAGCUUUGGAGACCUCAAACUUUUGAACGAGAGUGUAAAUCAUCUUAUACUUUACAACUGUGCAAUUCAUUGUAAAGAAGGUUUAAGAUUUCAAGCUUAAAUCCUUCCGAUUAAUUAUCCAUUUUUUAAAAGUGGGGAAAUAACGGUGAUUACUAUAACCGUCAUAUAGCUCAUAAUAUCAUAAUGUUUUUCAAUCAUAAUAAUUUGCACAACCGUCCUAUCCUUUCUAACUAAAAAUAUUCAGGAAUUUUAAUCCAGCUUUUUUCACAUCACAACAUAAAUAUUUUUAUGCCAUCUUUAGGAUUAAUUUUUCAAUUUAAAUCAAAGGCAGAUAUUUCUGUAGAUAAAUGACUGAAUCCAUGCAUGUAUGUUUAACUGCUUUGCUCUGCUUCGAAUAUUGUCCAUCUCCUAAAGCCUUUUCCAUUGCCUCUUUCAUCACCCCGUCCCCUCCUUUACUCAAUCUGGGUUAUUUAUAAUCAAGGUAUGGGGCGGAAGCGGGCCAGGCCACAGAUCAUGCUGUCAACUCUGCCAUCAAUAUGGGCGUCACCGCGUUCAAUAUCGACAACCUGGGGAUCAAGGCAAUGGUCAAGAAGACUGGCAAAGAGACUGCCCACGCCAUCCUGGCAGACUAUAAAGUCCAAGAGUCGAGCACUCAAGUUGAGAAACAUAAAGACCAAAAGUAGAGGUUAGAUUCAGACCUUUUGUUUCAGGUGUCCAUUUUUAAGAGCAAACCAAAUGACUGAAGACGUAGGUGGAUCCUUGUCCAGUUUUUCAACGAGUGCUGUUGUUUGUUGAUGUGACUGACCCUAAACUCCAAAGACUUUGCAGUAAACACAGUUUGUCUUACUGUCAUGUUUACUAUUUUCACUGUGUCGCAGUGUAAAUGGUAAAUGCACUUUUAAAAAUUCCCUGAGAGCCUGCUGGACAAUAUUCUUGAUUUUGCCUUACACUUCACUUCACCAGCAGUUUACUCAACUAAACAUAUCACCAAUGAUUUUACUCAUAUUAAAUCUUCAAUAGUUUUGCAUGGUUUGUGUCUUUCAAAUGGACCCUUAAAACAAAGUACAAGCCAAAGGUGGACUUUCGGUUUUCCCAUAGAGCCUUAAGAAAUAUAAUAUUCUUGUAUUUAAAAAUACAUAUAUAUAUAUAUAUAUAUCUAAAGCUUCAAUAUACGUAUAUUCCAAAACUGCUUUAUGAUAGCUGUUUUAUACAGUAUACAGACCUGUUUGUUCUUGGUACUAGGAUUUCUUUAUGUUUUAAAAUAUUAAAAAGCACUUUAACCCCUGUUAGGAAGACAUUGACAUUUCUUGCAGAUGAUGAUAAAAUUAAAUUGCACUUGCAGUUCGAAUAUGACACAGAGUUCAGAUAUCAGUAAUCUGUUUAUUCAGAAGGCAGAAAAAUCUUAACUUUUUUUUUUUUUUUUUUGGAAAUGUUUAAAAUUAUAUUAUUUUAAAGUUUAAAAUGUGUAUUUUAUAAUAUUAAUAUUAUAUAAUAAUAUUGUAAAUGAACAAGGCAUAUAUUUAAUAAUAUCUGCAUAAAACUGUGAAAUGCUAUAUAUGAAGUCCAACCACUGUAGAUAUUGACACUCAUAAACCAUCUCAGCAGUUUUAUUUCCCCAUGAAAACUGAUAAUGACUGCAUUUUUUUCUUUAAAUUUGACUACUGACCAUGUUUCUUUCGAUUCCAUAUAAAUCUUAUUCCCAUUUCACUGUAAACGUUAACAGAGUUGUUCAUGCUUUGUGUUUGUUUUCAUGCAAUAUGUCUCAUUUGAAUGUUUGGACAGCAUAAAUAAGCAUAACAACGUUUAACCACAAGUCAAUAGGUUUGCUCAAUGACAAGUAAUAUAAUAGCCUAUGGUUAUCUGACAUAAUAAAUGAAACAUUUAAAACA